CAGGUCCGAUUCUUUGUCUUCCCUUUGUCUUCAAAAGCCAAAUGGAGCCUAAGCCUCUUUUUAAACAUAUUAGACUCCAUAUGGUCGUCACAAGCCAAAUGGAGCCUAAGCCCCUUUUUAACUCUGCCAAUGUAACUCUUGCAUUGCCGGUCCCAAGCCCGGGUAAAGGAGGAGGGAGAAUGGGCAUCAAGAGAUUGAGGUGGUUUACUUUCACAUUUGCUGAGAAAAUGGAGGGAGAUUCAAGGGAAGGAGAGUCCUGCCAGCAGUUUCUUAAUCUGAUUCCUAAUGAAAGGGAUUGGUUGGUAAGGGAUAGAGGAUCCUUUCAAGUUACAGAAGAGAAAAAGCUGGAGCUGAGGAUUGGGCCACCUGGGGUCUGGAUUUCCAAAGAAAACUGUAGCAGAGAAAGACUCCUCUAUAUUGGGUAUUUUCCAAAGGCUCCCAAGAACAGCAAUUCUUCUGUUGAACCAGAGGUGGAUUAUUGUUGGCAUGUCCACAGUUGGUUUCACUUGCACUAUCUACUUAUUUGGUGUCAAUGUGUAGUAUCUGAAUAUUUUACAGAAAUUUGUCCAACUACAGAUCAUGUGUAA